UCAAACAUUUGUUUAGGCAGUAGGGAGUUUCUGCUGGGGUCUGGAUUGGAGUUACACAGACCGGACCCUACGUGUAUGAUUGAGGACAAAACAGGAUUCCUCUUGCCUCAAAGAGUCUACAUGUCUAGUAUUUAGACAUGUUCAGCUUUGUGGAUAUCCGGUUAGGGCUGCUGCUCGCCGCAGCGGUCCUUGUGGUGAGAGGACAAGGAGAGGAUGAUAGCUCAUUCGGUAGCUGUACAUUGGACGGUCAGAAUUACAACGACAAGGAUGUAUGGAAACCUGAGCCCUGCCAAAUCUGCGUCUGCGACAGCGGGACGGUCAUGUGCGACGACGUGCUCUGCGAAGAUACAGCAGAAUGUGCCAAUCCAGAGAUUCCCGACGGAGAAUGCUGCCCCAUCUGCCCCGACGAUUAUGUGAUUGAUCCUUCAUUUGGUCCUAGACCUCCAAAUGGUGAUCACCAGAAACAGAUAAUCAUAAAGGUUUGGAAUGACAUGAGGGUGAGUAAAUGA